UCUUGCGGCGGCGGACGUUUGUCGGGGGUAAUCUAAGACACCAUUUAUUCAAGUUGGGUUCGUGUCCUUGCAUGGUUUGGGACCUAGCUAUAUUGUACAGAAAAAUUUUGGCGAAAAUUCGCUUCACACACACUAGUGUACUUUGCACCUGUCAGUUGUCAUUCUCUCUUCGUGCUCAUCGCGUCCGCGUGGUAUUUUUCGUUCCGUGAAAGGCCGGUUUUCUCGCGGUUUUCCUAAAUUCUGUUCCGUGUUUGUCGCGUCCGAUUGUUUUAUUUGUAACCGGUCCAACCGUUCGUACCCACUCAAGUGCCUGUGCCCGUAAACCCGUAUCCGUACCCCGUGUGUGCCGUGCCGGAAACCGUGCUGCUCGUAGCAAGCCGCGCUUUUUAGUUUUCCCCAUUUUGGGGCCACUUUCCAAGCGGGCCGCGUCGUAAAACGGUUAGGUCAGGUUAGUGUUAUUUUUGCGUGCGAGGCGGCUCACGAAUAGACGAGCUCUAGGCGAACGCUGACGUCCCACGGGAGCUGGCCACUUUGACCGUGCUCCGGAAUGCCGCUGGCAUCACACGUAGGAAAGAACAUCACUUUUCCUCCCUUGUAAAGCUGAAGAACCCGCGGGCGACGGUCGACCACCUUGGGCUGCUGCUAAACCUGGCCGAUUCCACGAACAUGGCUCACUCGAAAUGCUCAAGAAUCCGCCGGAGACAGGCGAACACCUCGGACUGCUGCUGAACCAGCCGUAAGAGGCGUGGUUGGAGAUGGUCCGCAAAGCCGAGACCGUGGCCGAAUUCAAGAACCGAUCCAGAAGUUGGAGCUCAACGUUCUUUCAAGAACAUGUCUGAACUGAACCUGCCAGCAGGGAUUGUCCACACGCCCGAUGAGGGUUAGGCCAAGAUUUUGGUGCAGGCCGGCCGGAAGGACGUCCCGAUUGGCAAGCUAGUGUGUAUCAUCGUUUAGAACGAUGCGGACUGUGCCACGUUCAAGAAUUGCAGACACUGGAGCUCCGGAUGCGGCUCCGGCAGCAGCUGCCGCUUCAGACACGUGUAUCCACCACCAGCCGCGGCUCCACUGGUAGCCACUCCGCUGCCAACGGCUGCGGCACUUCCUCCGUCACCAGCGGUCUACGCCAGUCGAAUGGUGAAAAAGCUAACCGAACAGCAGAGACUGCGAUUGGAAGGUCGAAGCUCCGGCUUAUUCGGUUCGCUAACGUUUAAGGAUCUUGCGGGUACCCAGACAAGAUUCCGGCUGCUUGAGUCCAAGACGAUCUUUCCGCACUACUAUCUGACCUCCGUUGUAUGUAACAUGGACCACAUCAACAAGCUGCGCGCCACAUUCAACAAGCAUCUCGAAAAGGACGGCGUCAAGCUGUCGAUCAUCGACUUUAUUAUCAAGACGCCCGCGAUUGUUUGCAAGACGGUCCCGGAGCCGAACUCGGCCAGGAUGGACACCAUCCCCAAUUUGACGCCGUGCACGUGACACCGAUCGUGUUCGGCGCGGACCACGAAGGACUGUCCAAUAUCUCCAAGGAAAUCGCUGGCGGAGAAGGCUCACGACGGCAAGCUACAUCUGCAGGAGUUCCAGGGCGGCACCUUGAGCGUGGCCAUGUUCGGCGUGACGCACUCUUCUACCGUCAUCAACCCGCCCUAGAGCUGUACUCAUCGGUGUUUGUCCUUUUCCUGGCUUCGGUGCCGGGACCGUGGACGAUUUCACAAAAAAUAAGACCGCGACCGGAAGAAGUGAAGAUGGUCCGCUUUGUGAAGA